AAAAAAAAAAAAAAACUGCCAUCAAACCACAAGCGAAGGUGUCUUGGUGGCGCAACGUUUCUCUCCUUUUUUUUCUUCUUUUUUUUUUUAGCGAUUUUCAGCGGUGAUCCACACUCCGAUUGGCCUCAAAUCAGUUUAUGCACAACUCAAAUAAUUUGCACAUCUGCAAAGUUUGAAAAUUUUCGAACCCUGACCAUCUUAGAUUGGAGCCCAUUUUGGAUGUUGGUGUUUGUUCAAGGAAGUGGACUUUCGGAUUGAGAAGUCUAGGUUUUCGAUUGAGGAAAACAUUUGCAAGAAGCAUUGCCGAUUCCGAAGUGAGAGUUUUGGUGUUUCUUGUGAAAACGGAAUCUGGUAAGAGUCCUUAAGCUCCCAAUAGAGAAAUGAAAGAGUUUUCACGUCAGAAUCGGAUGUAGUAUGGUUGGAUCAGGGGCUUUUCAAGUUUGCCCAUAAACUGUUUGAUACUUGUUCCAACAGAGUUUAGGGUUCAAAAUGAAUGGAAAAUCUAUGUUCCUACGCCUAAAUCGAUAUCUCAACUUUUACCCAAUUUCUGGAAUACAUGUUUUUGAUCAUAAGGAAUCGGCUUUUCUCUGGGUCUCAAUGAGGCACAAAACUAGUGGUGGAAUGAGACCGAAGAGAAAAAUAUAUUAUAGAGUUGGUGACCUGGACAAAGUUAUGGACUUGCAAAAAAAGCCAUCCCUUAUACUAAAGCUUAUAAACAUUAUCCAAUCUCAAAAGCAAAAAUUUAUAUUCUUGAGGGACCUAGAGAAAGAAGUAGGAUUUGUCCAAAAAUGGAACUUCAUGGCUGUUAUUGAGAAGUACUCUUCGAUCUUUUAUGUCAGUUCUGGAAGUAGUAGAAUGCCCCCUUAUGUUAGGCUCUCCAAUAAAGCUGAAAGGAUUGCUAGUGAAGAAGAUAAGGUAAGGAGUGCAAUGAAACCGAUCUUAAUAAAGAAUUUGAGGAAGCUGUUGAUGCUUUCGGUUGAUUGUCGAGUACCACUCGAAAAUAUAGAAUUCAUUGCAUCUGAAUUGGGUUUGCCUUGUGACUUCAAAACUUCAUUGAUUCCUGAAUACCCUGAAUUCUUUUCUGUGAAGGAAUUCGAUGGGAAAGCUCACCUACAUUUGGAAAAUUGGGAUUCUUCACUCGCAAUCAGUGCUCGGGAAGAAAGAUUUGCUAAUGCUAGAGAUUUAUCUUCUUGUGUAUAUGGAAAAAGAGUUAGAAUCUCAAAAGAUGGCAACUUUUCUGGUCCAUAUGCAUUCAAGAUAUGUUUUCCUCCAGGCUUUAGGCCAAACAUGAGUUACCUUGAACAUCUUGAAAGGUGGCAGAAAAUGGAUUUUCCUUCCCCAUACUUGAACGCGAGGAGAUUUGAUGCAGCUGAUCCGAAGGCAAGAAAGAGGGUGGUCGCAGUUCUUCACGAGUUUCUAAGUUUGACGAUGGAAAAAAGGAUGACAUCAACACAAUUGGAUGCAUUUCAUAGGGAGUUUCUUCUACCAUCUAAACUAUUGCUUUGCUUAUUAAAGCAUCAAGGAAUCUUCUACAUCACUAAUAAAGGUGCAAGGAGUACAGUAUUACUAAAAGAAGCCUAUGAAGGGCCAACUUUGAUUGAUAAAUGUCCCUUGCUGUUGCACUCUGAUAGAUUCCUUUCACUUUGUGGUAGGAGGGACAUGAGUUGCAAUCCACACCAGGAAUCAAGCGUUUGGAUUAGAACGGGUUGAAAAGAACAUAAAAUAAUGAAAAUACCCUUAAAGAAGGUCAAGCUUUGACCCAGGACAAAGAGGUCAAAAAGAGGUAAAAGAGGGCAGAAACAGGCCGGUACGAUGCUUUGCAGUGCCACAACCUGUAGGGUUGUAGCAAGGUGACGUCGCGACGCUGCAAAGUUUUUGUCUGCAUGAUUUUCAUAUGGUGUUGUGGCUGUGUUUCCGCUUUAUUUUAUAUAUAUAUUUUGUUUCGUCGUCAUUUGAAGGGGGAUUGAUCGGGCUUUCUACGGAGGUUAAGAGGUGGACGUUCAGAGGCUUUUCUAGGGCUUAAUCGCCAGAUUGAUCGGAAGUUGGAUCGUGAAGAAGACAUUGAUGUGGUGUCGACAACUGAUUGGGAUCGACAACUAACUCCCUAUUCUCUUCACACUUUCUCUUUUAUGUUUAAUGUUCAACAUGUUUAAGGAUUUAAUUAUGAACACGUGUGGCUAACUUGUAAUUAGUUCUAGGGUUAGAUUGAUUACUUUUUAUCAUGCUUGAUCACCCUUUGAUUGAAGUUGAGUUUUUAA